AAUUCCUUGAGGAAUGUUCCGGUAAAAAUCCCUUUCGAAAUUCAUACUAUAUCCGAAUUCAUCAAACCCAAAUCCAAUGCAGACGCAGGAAUUGAGAGAUAGGUUAUUGCCGCGAAAAUCUUCCCUCUUUCUCAAGUAUUUUAAACCCUCCAUCUCCUCUCAGUUGAAACUAGAGACUUCAAAAAAAUGGUCGCAAGAAAGCAAUCAGAACUUCAGCCCCAUCAAGCUUCUACAGCUGGAGCUAUGGUUUAAUGAUUCGAACCGUUAACAUGAUCGGCCUCACUUUGAACGGCUCAUGCACCCAAAGACACCUUUGCUUGGAUGAUCCUAGCUGUAGAAUAUUUGCUGUUUUUGCUGAGGCGAAAUUUCGUGCAUUGGUUGCAGAAAACCCAGGGGACUUUGGUGCUUGGACAUCACUUAUAACAGAAGUUGAGAAAACAACACCUAAUGAUAUACAGAGGAUCUGCCAAGUGUACGACUCUUUCUUGUCAGAGUUUCCUUUAUGCUAUGGUUACUGGAAGAAGUAUGCAGAUCACAUGGUACGCUUGUGCACUAUUGACAAGGUUGUCGAAGUUUAUGAGCGAGCACUUCAAUUGGCAGCUUAUUCUGUUGGUCUCUGGGUCAACUAUUGUAGCUUUGGUAUGUUGUCAUUUGAAGAUCCAGUAGAUGUCCGAAGGUUAUUCGAGAGAGGGAUAUCUUUUGUUGGAAAGGAUUACUUGUGCCAUCUUCUGUGGGAUAAAUAUAUUGAAUUUGAGUACUCUCAGAAGCAAUGGAGUCACCUAGCUCAUAUUUACAUCAGAACUCUGAGGUUUCCUACAAAAAAAUUAAACAGCUAUUAUGGAAGUUUUAAGAAGUUGGCUGCCAUUUGGGAGGAAGAUGUAAAAUGUCAGGAUAAAGGUACCACAGAAGCAGAAUCAGAAUCAGAAUGUCUAUCUGAUGUUGAAAUUACUGACAUAAAGGCUUAUGACGAAAAGGAAAUCUCAAUUAUGAUUGAGGACCUUCUCGACCCACCAGCUGGCCUGCCUAGGCCAGACACAUUGAAGAAAUUUUUAUCUGCUGGUGAACACUUCUAUCGAAGAGCGAGUGGUAUGGAUGCAAAGAUCAAAGGCUUUGAGAGUCGUAUACGGAGGCCUUAUUUCCAUAUAAAGCUGCUUGAUGACAUUCAGCUUGAAAAUUGGCACCACUAUCUUGAUUUUGUCGAGUUGCAAGGAGAUUUUGACUGGGCAGUAAAGCUUUAUGAGAGAGGUUUAAUUCCUUGUGCUAAUUACCCUGAGUUCUGGAUUCGUUAUGUGGAAUUUGUGGAAGCUAAGGGUGGACGGGAGAUAGCAAAUGCAGCCCUUGAUCGUGCGACUGAGGUUUUUCUAAAGAGAGUUCCGGGCAUCCAUCUCUUCUGUGCAAGGUUUAAGGAGCGAAUAGGAGAUACUGUCUGUGCACAUGCUGCCUUUCUUCCAUGCAGUCCAGAUUUAGCCUCUCACUUCAUCGAGAAUGUUACAAGGAAAGCUAACAUGGAAAAACGUUCGGGAAAUGUUGAAACAGCUUCAAUAAUAUAUGAGAAAGCAAUUGAUAUGGCAAAAGAGAAACAGAAUCCAUGGAUUCUAUCCCUGCUUUAUGCUCAUUUUUCUCGAUUUACAUACACGGCCACUGGUAACAUUGAUGCUGCUAGAGACAUCUUGAUCAAAGGUAUUCAACAUUUGCCUCCCAACAAAUUACUUCUUAAGAGAUUAAUACACUUUGAGAUGAUGCACGGGGGACCAAGAAAGAUAGAUAUUAUAGACUCAGUUGUAGCUCAAGCGACAGCUCCACAAACAAAUGUAUAUCCAGGCUUCAGCACUGACGACUGUGAGGAAAUAUCAAACUUAUUUCUAGAGUUUGUGGACCUCUGUGGGACUGUCCAUGAAAUAAAGAAGGCAUGGGAUCGUCACAGGAAGCUAUUUCCGUAUCAAAUGAGGCCUACUUCUUCAUGUAACGAGAGUGUUGAGAAGGCCUCCAGUAAUAUUUCCUUGGGCAAAGCUAAGGUAGGAAGAGAAGAAAAUCUUGUCCCUCUGCUUCAUCACACUUCUGGAGAUGACAGCACUCAAGGUCAGAAUCAACAUACACUGCUCAACACUUCACUGCAGAAAACUACCGAUCUCCAAUCUGACCAGGCUGCAACUGACCAGUCUGAACCAGAAAAGACUAAUAAUGACGACAGGCUGCAACAGGUACAAUCUGCUGAAGUUGUUCAAGAACAUACCGGACUGGAUGCAACCAUACACCAUGUGGGGGUUUGUGAUUCGGUGCAGGAAUUUAGUAAUACUAAUCCCCAAUCUCCAGUGACGCCACAAGAAUACCCCAUAUCAACAGAAAAAGUUCAAAUGGAAACUGAUCAUGAGCCCCGAGAUGAUCUAAGACCGCCAGCUCUGGAGACUCUCUCAAUAAAUCCUCAGGAGGAUGAAACUCAACAAUCCACACCCACCACAUCUGUUGACCGCAAAGCUCUUGACACGACCUCUAUGUCAUAUAUAAACAAGCCACAGGAUGAUACUGAUGGCAUCUCUUCUAAAUCCAAUCCUACAUGCACGCAGACUGAAACACCAGCUCAAAUGCAUGCUCAAACUCAGGAAGAAGCACAAUCACAGCGAACGGUGCCCAUGAGUGGAACAUUUCAACAUAGUGUUGACACUGGAGGGAGCUGGCAACAGACGAGUCAUGCCGGGCAGUCUCCUAAAGAUUCAGGUUCUCAUGGGUAUGCUCAAGCUCAACAGCCACAGCAAUGGCAGGCCUCUCCACAACAACAAUACUCACAGGCUGAAAUGCACUCUCGAAUGCUUGCGACUCAAGGUUAUCCUUAUCCACAACAACCUUGGCAGGCGCUGCAGGUUCAGCAAGCCAAUCAACAAUAUCAGGCUGCUGCUGCUCAGGCUUACUGGCCAGCGCAAAAUAUGCAGCAGCAGAACUUUGCCUCUGUACCUCAGGCUCAACAAAGUGUCCCAACCCUUUCUCACCCUCAGGCUCAGGCUUAUCAGUAUCCUGUGCAGAGUUACCCAGGAUUUGACUCACAGAUGUGGUACUAUUAUCAGCAGCAGCAACUACAGCAACAACAACAACUUCAACUCCAACCACAAUUACAGCAGCAACAACUACAUCCGCAGAUGCAUCUACAGCAGCAGCAAGUACAACAGCAUCAGCUACAGCAGCAACAGUUACAGACACAACUACAGCAACAGCAAGAGCAGCAGCAGCUACAGUUACACCCACAGCAACAGCAGCAACUACACCUACAGCAGCAACAACUACAACAGCAUCAACUUCAGCUGCAACAACAGCUACAGCAGCAGCAGCAGCAUCAACAGCAACCCCAUCAACAAACGACUCCAUCACAGAUUCAGACGUGGAACGGCAACUAUUAUCCUCAGGGUCAGGUUGCUGGUCAGCCUAAUGGUGAACCUUCUGAGCGUGUUUCUUCCGAACCACAACAUCAACCUCCCUCAAGUCAAUGAAUUGGCAUUCCACUCAUAGCUGAGGUAUCAACAACUCAGACUAGGUUGUGUUAUUGGGGCUGUCUUCUUGUAGUCGGACAUAGCACCCAAUACAUACUAAAAAAAGGUGCAGAUUCAGAGACAGGAGGACAUGACAGGAUGUAGCUUGCUCUCCCUUGGUUCAGGAAAAUGAUGUCAGAACUGUUUGUUGGCUCUCCUGGUUCAAAAACAAUAUAUUUCCUGACACUGAUGCAUCCCUAAGGUUGUGUUUGGAAGCACAACAGAACUGAAUUUCUGUCAUUAAGUUUAAUCAAGAUUAAAUUACAAAAUUACUGA